CAUUUGUUUUGACUGAAUGGUGGAGUUUAGAGUAAAGCCUCUUUUUCUGCACCAUAUGUGAUGUUUUCCACGUAAACCCGCAGUAGCAGCAGCUGUGUGCAAACAUGCUGCAGCAGACCGAUCCAGAGAGUUUGCGCCUUUCUUACGCCUCCUCUGAGCACCUGUGAGACUCUCUGCACCCCUCCCUCUCUGGUUGUUCUCUUUUCCUCUCUCUCCUCUCCCUCUCCUCCCUCUCUCUCUCUCUCUCUCACUGGACGUACUGUAAUCUCUAAUUUGGCAACAGGUAUUUGUCAGGUCCCAGACGAAGUAAUCCUCCCAGUCCUCUGCGAGCUGCCGACAGGAGAGUUCCACUUCCAGAGCUCAGCGUCCAGGUGAGUCUGACUCAGUGAGAUGAUGACUGAAAAUCUUCUUCAUUAAUGUCUGAAACGUGGACUAAACCGUGUUUUUAAUGUCAGUUUGAGGACCACGGUUUGUUUCUCUCUGAAGUACAGAAGUGCUGCUGUAACCUCAUUAGUAUUCUGUGCGUAAUUUGGCUCGUUUGGCUGAUCUGCGUCAGAGUGAGUCGUUUUAUGGAUCCAAACCGGGUGGAAUUUGUUUUUUGUUGUCAAGUUUUAAAUAUGAAUAUAUCUAAAUAUCUCACCGUGAAUUCAGAAGAGAAAUCCUCCAUCAUUUCUGUUCUUUCAAGGUCAUAAAUACAGGUUUUGAUCGGAUGUGUCAGCGAUGUAAAAAUGUUCUGAUCGGCUGUUCUUGUUUUGCCGCAGAGUGAUUUUUCCUUCUCUGCUGCAGUUAACUCAGUGCUGCUGGUAGUGGUGCCAGACUACAGCGCCAGUUACAGUCACUUAAACCCUCAUCUUUGCUCUCCAUCAACCGUGGAGUGUUGUUAUUGCCCCUGCGUGGAUGAGUGUUGAACGCGUGGCGUGACUGUAGACCAGCAGGUUGGACGACAGAGUCUGCGGAGGGAGAAUUUUUGUGAAUGAUUGCUGCAGCUCUGGAGUUGUGCGUGGAUUUGCACGCGUGUUAUUGUCAUAUAAUGCGUGCAAAUUCUGCAGAAUGACAGAAAGAGGAACUCUUGGUGGUCAAAUCAGAGUGUAAAGACAUCUAUGCAAAUUUAACAUCUCAGAUCUGUUAAUUUGCAAUAUUUUUAUGGCUUUAGCUCCUUUAUUCUGCAUUUAAAGCGUCUCAUUAAGGCUGUUCUCAGGUGUGGAUCUGAGACAAGGUCAUCCAGGUCUUCAGAUCAAGAGUUUUCUAAUCCCUUAUAUAAGAGGAAGGAGGGCAGGAAACAAACUGGGUAACCUGCUCAUUUACAGUGCUCCUAAUCCCUCUGAGUGCCUUUAGUUUGAUUGUUCCUGACUCUCUAAUCCCUUUCAGACUAUUCUAUAUUAGAGCAAAGAUGAGGACUUUGCCGAACAAAGGAGCUGAAGUCAUUCUUUGAUGGUCAGUAAGUCGAGCAGAGAGAAAAUCCUCUUCUUUUCUUCUCCCUGUCUGAUGGAUUAUUGGAGUCGAGCUCAUUCCUCACUGCAGUAUCGCUCAGUUUCUCUCCACCCCUGAUCGAGCGUGGACAGGUGAAUCUACCUGUGUACCAGACACGGCGUAGAUUAAUAGUCUAACUCCUCUGUCAGACAAAGACAGACGUCAGUGUCAUCUGCUCGCCGUCUGAGCAGCAGAGCAGACAGACGUACAGACCUGCACAUCUGUUUUCCUCCCACUCCUCUGUAAUCCAAAAGGACUUAAUGUUAUUAAUGAAGAGGGUGUGUGGACAUUCAGUCAGCUACAACAAAGCAGGAGUAACACGCCGUCAGGGAGACAAAGACACUGACUUCUCUCUUUUCUUUUUUUUCUUUUUUGUCUUUAAUUUUCAAAGAAAUCAGAGUUGACUGAGAGUCUGCAAACAUGGGGCGUCAAGAGGCCGACAACGUGUGGAAGAAGGACACCGAAAACAUCCAGGAGGUUUUCGAUGUCAUCGAUGAACUGGGAUCGUAAGUACUCUUCCAUUUGAUCCAAAAUGCACCUUUAAUCCUCCUUUAAACCUGCAGGUUUAUUCAUGUCAAAGUCCAAAUUCAAGAAAACCCAGAAAACCAAAGAUACAAAAUCCAGAAAGUCGUUUGAUUUAUUCUGCAAACAGAGACACUUCUGUCUGAAUGAUUGUUUCUUAUCAAUGGAAACACGAGUCAGCCUUUUACCUUUACCUUUUCCGUGCACAUGUCUGUUCAGCAGCCGCGCCGUGUGCUGUUUGAGUCCAAGAACAGAUUACGAGUUUGAUUGGAUUGACAUGAAGAGAACGACUUUACUCAAGUCUUGGACAACAAGACACCCGGGCUGUUCGAGGGUUAGUGAGUCUGGCUGUCCUGAUGGAGACGGCUUAACCAUCCAUUCAUAAAAAAAAAAAACACAUGAAGAAGACUCAGUUUUAUUAAAAUAACAUGGUUUUGAUGAACUGUGGUGCAAAAAAUAGAUCCAGGAAAAAAAAGAGGUUGCAUAUCUAAAAAAAACAACUAAAUUAAUCUGUGAAAAAAGUAAAAUAGAGCCUCAAACAGGCGAACUGUAGCUGUCAUUUUCCUGUUUAGUCUAAAUAAUUCUCCUUUUUAUUUACUUUUUAUCAUCAUGUUUGUAUUUUGAACUAUUUUCUGUGAAUUUAAGUAUUUUAAACAAUAAAUUUCUUUAAUAAUAAAAGUGAAGGUGUGUGGCAUCACUCAAAAAUGCCAAAAACUACUCCAAAAAGAAAGUUUUAUGAUAUAAACUGAUAGAGAAUAAGUCAGUGAAAAGAUAACAGACUUUAAAACAACAACACCUACUUUUUAACUAAAUAUGUAACAUUGUUUUGGCUGGUUUUAGCUUCCCAGAGGUGAGAAUUUGCUCUUUGCUCAGAUAAAGUAUUUUAAAAAAAGAAAAGUUUUUGGUUUUAACGUCCAGUUCUGCAAAAAUUAACAAAUGCAGAUGAGAAAUUUUCAUUUAUCUGCUAUUUUUAAAGAGAAAACAGACAGAAAACCAUUGAUUUACUCUUUAAUAAUAACGCACUACAGUCCUAAAUUAAGUUAAUUAUUAGAUAAGCAGUAAAUACACUCCCUAGAUGUAUAAUCUUGAUGCUCAGAGAGAAAAUAAUAACAAUAAUCAUCAUAAGGCCGAUGUUUCUGCAGCCUGUCAUUGUGUACUGUGCACACACUCAGUCAGCAGUCUCUCAUGCUGGCCUAAUUCCUGUCAGGUCAGCCCUCCCUCCCUCACUCGCUCCCUCACUCGCUCCCUCGCUCGCUCACCCGGCGUCAGCAGGUGUUCUCGUACUCACAGUGUGCUCAGUGAGCGGCGGGAACACAGCGGAUCAGAGGCCAACGGUAAAUAAAGGUGCGAGUACAGGGAGCGCUGCCAGAGUGACGUCCGUUUGUUUUAGGACAACAGGGUGGAGGGUGGGUCCGUGCUGCGGGACCAGGAGGCCGCAGAGAGGUUUAUUGUGGACUCAUAAUGUGGUGAUUGAGUUGUGACGAAGAUGAGGCGCCCCGCGGUGAAGAACCGGGCGCAAUUAGUUUGCAGCAAUUAUUAUGAUUUCCCCAAACGCUGUGAAAAACAAUCCUGGAGCUGGAGGAGGAUCAGAGAUAUCUGAAUAACCCCCCAGAGUUCACUUAACCAGCAGGGCCUCGAAACCAUCACACAAGGAACAGAUCUGUCAUCGGAUUAAAGCUCCUGUGAGGAGUUUUAUUAACUUAUUAAUUAAUUCUGAUGACUCUUCAAGAAAGUAGGUUAGUUUAAUGUGCUAAUUUUAGAUCUCUGCAACACCAAACGCAAACAGAAACAAACUUUUUAUAGAUGUUCUGCAGCAGAGAUUUUAAUAAGUGACGCAUCAGGAUGUUCGAAUAAACAAAGAGAAUCUCAGUGGUGUCACAUUUUGGUCCUUAGGGGGACAUUUUGAUGCCAAACUAAAGACGCCGACUUAACUUUGAAACAUGUAGGAGAUAAUUGAGAUGAUCUUUUAGCUGUUUGGACAACCAGCAACAAUCUACUUGUUAAUCAAACAAAACAUCUAAUCGUCCAAAUUUAUGAAAUUACCUCUUACCAUGUGUGUUUUCAAGUCCAAAGAAAAUCAGUCACAAUUUAAUGAGAUUAAAGUAAUAUUUUUAAGGAAAUAAAGUCGUAAUAUAACAAAAAUAAAGCAGUAAUAAAGUUGUAGUUUUGGUUUUCCAAAAUGAGGAACAUGGAGCGCCUCAUGAAACUGUUCCUAAUGUUUUGUCUCCUCAGCUCCACAUUUUUUCCCCUUAAAAACAGCAUAAUGUGGCUAAUUGUUGACUAGAUUAAUGACUUUAUUUUCCCCAAAAAAUGACUCUAAUAUUGUUAGGUCACACAACAACUUUAUUCUGAUUAUAAAAUAACAACAACAAACUUAUUCCUAUUGAAACGACUUUAAAAAAUCUUUUAAAACGUUACUAAUAACUGUCGUAACUAUAAGAACAGAUGACUUUUGCAAGAUUAAACUUCUUUAUAACUGUGUUUUAAAUCAGGCUGUAAACAUGUAAAAUCCUGCUGUAAAAAAAAACGCCAUUUUAACAUGAGAGUUAGUGGAGAGUUUUGCCUUUUUGGAGCCAGCCCCUAGUGGACACCGAUGGAACUGCGCUAUUUUUAGAUUCCACAUUAGCUGCAGAAGUUUUUUGUCUAUUUUCACAUAGACAACAAAAUCUAUUUUAACAGGAUGCUGUUAAUGUCUUUGUCGGACACUUAUCCUGCAAAAACACUUAAAAUCGGCUGUAAAAUUUUGUCGGUUAGAUCGAGGCCGAACCAAAAACUCCUCUCAGACGUGUUUCCUUUGUAAACGAUAGUCGGCUAUAAACUUAAAGAGACGAAAGAGAGACAUAAAAGAUUUCUGAUCGUGUCUGAGUGUAAUUUCUGCUGGGAGUGUCAACACAGCUGUUUCACAGUUUUCUCUUCAAUAAAAGCGAGACAACCCCGAGGGGAGAGGAGAUUAUGUGGAAACCAUUAAUGCGGUCUCCCCCAUUAGACCUCAUCACCAGAGUAAACAACAUCUUAAUGGUUUCCUGGCAAUCAGGACAACAAUAAGACUCUUCAGGGGUCAGAAAGCCUCAAAAUCACACUGCAAUUUCAACUUUUCACAAUCUAAACUCACGAGGGGUCCACUCACUCGAGUUAAAGCGCCUGCGAUUUGUGACGAGUCCUUCUCUGUUGAUGCUCGCGGCAUCUUUGGUGAUUUCUCAGGAGAGCGGCAAUAAGCUUGGAGGACGUAGUCAGAAGGAAAUGAGCUCCGGUUACCAAGGAGAGAGCAGCUGAGGGAUGAGACGGGUGACGAUGUUGUGGGGGCAGAUUGUUCCUGUUUGGCUCCUUGAUGGAGUUUCAUUGGCACGUGUGUGACAGGAAUAUUACCUCCUUAAUGAGGCUGUUGUCUUAUGAGCAACAUGCAGAUAGGUUUAAGUGCCGUCUCUCCUCAUUAGUCCACACUCCUUCAUCCUCAGGGGUCAGUGUCAGAACCUUGAGACAAACAGCGGGGCAGUGGGAUCUCAUGUCUGCUCCUGGACCUUGACCCUGUCCGUCUGUGACCUGGUCUGUGCGGGAGCUUAUUGUUCCCCUCUGCAUAUGCUCAGUCUCUGACCUUUGUGCGUGUACAUCCCUCGGCCUGCCGCGCUUUCCGUUGCGUCAGGGAUAAAGGGCCUAAUCCAGCGGGAGGAACAACUAUUCCCAGACAGGGCUGAAGAUAGCGGGGACACGGAGCCGCGCAGAGGCUGAAUAAUAAGCUGUGGACAUGUGAAGAGUUACGCCACCGAGAUCUACAGCGGAUCUUAAUUGAACCCCAUGAUAUUUCUAUUUCUGCCGUGUGUUUAUUUUAAAUCCAGAGCCUUUCGAGAGGUUCAGACUUUUUCCAUCUCCACGAGAGAAGAAAAAGAUGGAGAACUCAGUGAAUCUAAAACAAUAACAGAGGAUACAGGAAACAUUUAAAGAAGUUUUUAAAGGAAAUGUACUGAUCCUGACUUUAAAACCAGCUCAAAUCAUAAUAUAUUACCACCAUAGCUCUCAUUUUUAACUUUAAAAUUGUGUUUUUUUUAUAUUAUGCUUGUAUAGUGACCCAACUCAAAGCUCACAAUGCUCUCUGUAAGCAAAUUUAAUAAAAACUGAAUAAUUCCUCAAAUCUGUGUUUGGCAUAAGUCAUUUCCAAGGGUUAGAGGAAGUCAGGAAGUCCCCAAAGUGUGGAAGAUAAUGGAGACAGUCUUGUUCCACGGAGGUCACCAUGUGUCUACGGUAGCACAGGAUGGACAAAAUAGUAACUUAAGCGUUUUUGCAUUUAGGUAGUUGGAAAUAGAAAAGAGUGACAUUUUUGGUGAUAAAAAUCUGACAAAUGGAGGAUUGAACAUGAUUUUUGUCCUUGAAGGCCACCAUAGUUUCACUUUUGAGAGGAGUGAACAAGGGAGCAUUUUAAUCUAGAAUUUGACUAUAAGAUAUUGCUAAAUACUCCUAUUGAUUACUCACUGUAUAAUAUAUGAAAGCAGCUUUUUGUCCUUGAUGGCCACUGUAGUUUCACUAACAGGAGGGUUGAGCAAGGGAGCGUUUCAGUCUAGAAUCUGACAGUGAGAUAUUGCCAAAUAUUUCCAUUAAUUUCACACUGUAUUAUGUAUGAAAGGAGCUUUUUGUCCUUGAAGGCCACCGUAGCUCCUCUAACAAGUUGAGUGAGCAAGGGAGCAUUUGACUCUGGAAGCUGACGGAUAGAUAUUUCUAAAUGAUCCCGUUUCUAUUCACCACAGAAGCUUCUUGUUCUUAAAGGCCACCGUAGUUUCACUUUUGAGAGGGGAGAGCAAGGGGGCAUUUCAGGAGAUUAUUUUUUGAAAUGACCUUUUUGUAUUUGAGGACCUGACAGUAGAUUAACUGCUCAGAGUAACAGUCGGUGUGGUACAAGAAAACAGACGAAUAAAAGCCGGUGAAACUCUCCCCUGAAGGGUCGAUAAAAAUUGAAAACAGUCUCAGCUAAUGGGCCGUUUUCUCCGAGCUGUUAAAGUCUCCUCAUCUCGUUAACGAGUCUCCAGGUGGAAUUAAAUAAAAAAAAUCUCAUUCCAAAAUCAAUUAGCGUCUGAUUCAUCAAUAAUUCAUGUCUAAUGCGUCUGUGUGUCACCGAACAGGGGGGCGUUCUCCGAGGUGUACAUGGUGAAGGAGAAGAAGACGGGGAAGAUGUUCGCCAUGAAGUGCGUGAAGAAGAAGCAGAAGAGGGACCUCAACCUGGAGAACGAGAUCACCGUGCUGAGGAGGUCGCUGAUGCUUUUGAGACUCCCUCUCUAAUUUCUCUAUAAAACAAUCACAUCUGUUGAUGCUGAACACACAAAAAACAGUGUUCUAACGAGAGCCCCCCACUGUUUCCUGCACAGAAUCCAACACGACAACGUGGUCGGGAUGGAGGAUUUCUACGAGAGUCGCACUCAUUACUACCUCGUCAUGCAGCUGUGAGUUGAACAGAUCUCAAACCGCCGUUUAAAUGAGCAGGUCAGCGAAAUAAAUCAGGUUUUGACGGUGGUGUUGUUUUCUCGCAGGGUUUCAGGAGGCGAACUCUUCGACCGCAUCCUGGACCGAGGGAUGUACUCGGAGAAAGACGCCAGCAGUGUGAUCCAGCAGGUCCUGCAGGCCGUGAGCUACCUGCACCAAAACGGCAUCGUGCAUCGAGACCUCAAGGUGGAAAUCGACGACACAAUCGCACAUUUGUAGCACCUGGUGUGUCCAAGUCGAACCAUUUCUCAUAAAGACGUCUGUUUCUGUCUGUUUCUGUCUUCAGCCUGAGAACAUUCUGUACUUCAGCCAAGACGAGGACUCCAAAAUCAUGAUCAGUGACUUCGGCCUCUCAAAGAUGGUGGACCAAGACAUCAUGUCGACAGCUUGUGGGACUCCAGGUUAUGUAGGUAAGGAGGUUACGUGUCUGCUUCAUGAUUUAUUUAUGGACUCUGACUGAGACACAGAGGAGGAGAGUCGCAGUGAGGCGGCGCAAACUUCAUCCAAUAUUUAUGAUGCAGUGUCGUAAUAUUUCUCUGCAUCACUAAUGUGGAUUUCCUCUUUUUUCAGCCCCUGAAGUUUUGGCUCAGAAACCCUACAGCAAGGCCGUGGACUGCUGGUCCAUUGGAGUUAUCACAUACAUCCUGUAAGUGUCAAACAAUAGAGACUGUGAGCAUAAAUUAUCAUGAAUUAACAGGCUCAAAUUAGUGUGAAUAAGGUUCAACGUUUUCUUUAUAUAGAGGCAGGAUUUUAAGAUUUAAGCCUCUAAAUACAGAGUUAGAGGCUGAGACUGAGGUGUAGCUCCACCUAGUGAAAAUCUACGAUACUGCAGACACCACAUUGAUAUUCCUUCUCUUAUAGGCUCUGUGGAUACCCUCCUUUCUACGAGGAAUCUGAGACCAGACUAUUCUCCAAGAUCAUGAAGGCACAGUACGAGUUUGACUCUCCGUUCUGGGAUAACAUCUCUGAAUCAGGUGAUUAUGCUCAGCGUUAGCAGUGACGUUUUUCCUCCUCCUCCACCUCCUGCAGCUGAUUCAUUCUUUCUAACACGUCUGUCGUUUAUAAUCUCUGCAGCCAAAGAUUUCAUCCGUAACAUGAUGCAGAAGAAUCCCAGCAUGAGAUACUCGACUGAACAAGCUCUCAGACACCCCUGGUGAGUCUCACUCAUGAGUCACUUAAAGCUCCUGUGAAGAACUUUUCUGUUUGUGUCAGUUUUGGCGCCCCCUGUGGACAAAUUUAAAUACUCAAUGUUUAAAGCUGCUUUUUCCUCAGUUUCCUCAGGCAUUAAAGAUCACAGUAGAAAAACCCUCAUUCCUUUCAGUAAUCGCCUUGUUUGAAUAUAAACGUCAGUUUAUUUCAUAAAUGUCUAAAAAAGCCUCACAGGAGCUUUAAUUUGUCUAAAGAUUAAAUAUUUCCUCACGAAAUAGCUGCAUGUUUUCCACCAAAGAUGUUUGCCAUCUUGUAAAGAUCGUGAAUAAAACCUCUCUUGUCCACUGCAGCAAAGUUCAAGAAACAAACAACAACCCAAACUUCGUUUAUCGUCUUAUAUUUAAACAACUUUAUUUAACUGGAGUUUUUCUUUUAAGGAUUUCAUCAUUCAUAACAAACCACUCCAAACUGAUUAUUGAAAGCAGGACUGAUAAAGUAGUUUGAUAUCCUGAUCGACUGUGUUGGGGUAAAAAAAAAGCGUAAUAACCCUUUAAUUUGUACGAUUUUCUCCAUAACGAUGUGUUUUAUCUCAUGGGAAUCGAGCGCAGCUGAUUCGAGUCCAGGUCAGGAUUAAACUCUACCUGGAAAAUCAUGUAAUCGCUCCGUUUCAUCAUCUGUUUUCCAGGAUUAUCGGAAAGACGGCGCGGAGCCAGGACAUCUACUACUCUGUCAGCGUCCAGAUCCAGAAGAACUUCGCCAAGUCCAAGUGGAAGGUCAGCGCCCUCUGAUUUUUGGCUUUUGGUUUGGUAAUCCUAUUAAGGACCUGCAGUUUAUAGCAGAUUAAUCUCAAUCCUUCCUGAUUAAGGACGCUUUAAUAAGAUAUUGUUUGGUAAUCAAGGCCGCUGAUGCUCGAUGUGGAGCUGAGACUGUCAGGGAAACAGAUUAAACUUGAUUCACAAGCAGCAAAAAUGACCUUUCUGUGAAUCUGCUGUUGAGAAAAUCUGCCCUUUUGAGCAAUCAAUGAGUCGUCUGAAUGGUCCUUAAAUCCACUUCUGUUUAUUCAUGUCUUUUUGUUUGUUAAGGGUGGUUUAAAGUCACAAAAAUCAAUGUGAAAACUCAGGUUAUCAUUAACGAGAAAGCCAAAUUACCUGCAUAGUUGCAUAAAUUGGAAAACAAAGUACCUUUAAAACAAGUCAUAUAAAAAGUAGGACUUGAAAUCAAGAAAAUAAGAUGGAAAAAACAUCAAAAUGCAGCAGCUCUAAAAAGCAAUGAGAGAAAAUGGAGUAUUUGUUUACUUCACAGCAAGCUUUCAACGCCGCCUGCGCCAUCAACCACAUGAAAAAGCUGCAGCUGGCCCACUCCGAGCUGGUCCUGAGGCAGGCCAGCAUCCCCGACAUCAAAGUCAUCGACGUGUCCUCCCCCACCAAGAAUCGCAAGCACCUCGAUCCCGACAGACUCGACCCCAAGUCGUCGGAGAUCAGUGAGAGACCAGCCGGUAACCAUCACAUGACUCUGCCCACGAGCAGCAUCGAACCAAAGAGUCACUAUCACACGCUGAAGGCCACGCAGAGCAGCGUGGUCCCGCACCAUCACGCUCCGACCAUCGCCGAGCAGGGCAAGCACGUCUACCACUCUGAGCCCGCCAACCUUAACGGGUUCGUAUUUUAGCUUCAUCUUUUUUUUAGAUGUUAAAUGUCUGAGAAACUGCCGGACUGACGCAGGAUCCUCCUCUUCUUCUCUCUGCAGGUACGGGAAAAACCGUAACGGGAAGACUCUGCAGACUGGAGUUUGCUCCGUCAUGUGAAGGCUGCAUGAAGUUUACGUGCAAAAGCAUUUUACUUGGUAGGUGUUAGAGAGCAUCUACAGACCAUACCUCUUUAUUAAAGGGAUAUUCCGGCUUAAAAUUAAUUAAGGGUCAAACAUACCGUAGCACCGAGUUAGACCCCCCCUCCAGAGAUGAAUGUUGUCGACCGCUUGCUUCUCUAGUUAUACCAACUUUAGUAACGACCGCUGGAUAGAAAUACAGAGAGACACACAUUCAACCAAAACGCUACUCUAUAGCCACUGUGCAGCGGAGUUUCGCAGCUCAAGGAAGAACAUUUAUGAUCAUUACUUCAUGGAAAUACAAUCAGACCGAGACGCUAAGACAGAAGAACUACCGCGUCUGCAGAGAAAAAUGAUUAAUAUGAUGAUUAUUACUUCAAGGAAAUGAUAAAGAAAUGAUCAUAAAUGUUCUUCCUUGAGCUGCGAAACUCUAUAUUGCUAUCCUGCGGUCGUUACUAAAGUUGUUAUAACUAGAGAAGCAAGCGGUCGGCAACAUUCAUCUCUCAAGGGGGUGUCUAACCCUGUUCUACAGUGUGUUUGACCCUAAAUUAAUUUUACCCCGGAAUAUCCCUUUAAAAUGUAGAGAAUGCAUAUAUUAAAAACUUGAUUGCAUGUUUGAUUGAAGGAUAAAUUCAGCCGUGAAUGUUUUCUUCAGGUGAACAUGUUUGUUUGUGUGUGUUUCUAACCUCAGUGUGUUUCCGCCCUCUGCAGGUCAGUGUUGCUGUGCUGACUCAGCAUGCAGCUGUUUUGUGUCAGCAGGUCCCCGAGCUACUGAGAAAUGGAGAGAAGUGGGUUUUAUCCUCUGACGGACCGCUCUGAGGUCUUUGAGGUCCACUACAGUCUGUGGGACAUUUUCUUUUGGAACGAGUGCCUGAGGAGCUUCCCGACAAACACACUCAUCGAACUCAGACACACACACACAGGGUGGGCUUCACGCAGUAUUCACUGAGGGAUUGAAGGUCUCACCUGCUGCUGGUCCAGUUUGUUCAUGGUGCACCAGGCCUGACCUCUGAAAUCUGACGCCGAAGAAACCGGCGUUUAAUCCCAACUUCUGAUCUGGAGGAGAUUCAUCAAUUCUCAUUUAUGAUCUAAAAAAUAAAGUAUUCACGACCCGUCACGUGUAAAUAUCUUCAUUUAUCCAGCUGGUAUUUUUAAGUGCAAUAGAAGGAGCAUUGAAAAAACUGCAUGCUUUCACUUCUAAAGAGCAAUACUCGCGUAAUCUGUUAAAAUAAGUUUGUCUCUUAUUUUUUAUGAGUUUGCUUUUAUGACUGAUUUAUUUUUCUAACGUUAUUCUUUCUGUGAAAUGUGUAAAAUAAAGUUCUGCCGACGUGAGUGAAAGCAUAUUUAAACACGGACACGUAUGUUCAGAACUCGCCAACUCAGCUCUGUGUGAGGUUCAAAUGUCAUUUACGCUUUUUUUGAUGUUUAUUUACCGUCUGUGUUUCAUCGUGUACAGUCUGCUUCUUUUUUCCUCUGGCUUUGUGUCGAUGCUUUCAGCAGAUUACAAUUGAAUCUAUUUAUUAUGCUGUAUACACGAAUAAAUGUGCGCUCAUGAAUAAAGCUGUACAGAAUCUG